AUGGUUGGGAUAUAUGACUCUAAAAGAAGAACAAAACCAUGUUCUAACUGCAAGCAAAAUAAGGUCAAAUGUGAGUAUAAUGAGGGCUUGCCUUGUUCGAGAUGCACCAGGAAUGGGUUAGAAUGCUACUUUAUUCAGCGUGGGAAUAUCGAUAAGUCGCCAUCUAGCCAAAAGCAGGAAACGAUGCUGCAGUUCCAAACUGCUACAACACAGGAGCCGAUAAAAGAGUGGAUGAAUAGUAUAGAUGAACGGUUAAAUACGUUUGAGAGCGCUUUGGAGUCUGUUCUAGGGUUAUUACAUGGUAGUCAAAUUCAGCAACAACAGCAGAUUAAUCUCCUUCAGCAGCAAAUAAGCCAGCAGCAACACAAUCUACCAGAUAUCAAUCAACUGCUGAUACCAACAUUAUUUGAUUCGAAUUCACUGGUGAAACAAUAUACAGAUGUUAAUGAUUUUAGAUUCGAUCACGUCCUUACCAAGCAACAAGCUCAGGAGUUAUUAGCACUCUUUGACAAGAACUGCUCUAAUCAUCUUUUUCAUUAUACAAUUGGGGAUUUGCAUAUAGAUGACCUUUGGGUGAAUUCACCAUUAUUACUGGCAGCUAUUUGUACGGUUGCAUCCAGAUAUCACCCAGCUUUGUCGCAUUUAUCACCACAAUUGCGGCAAAGUCUAGAGUGGUUUACCUGCAAGCUGGCUACAAGCAGCCGCAAUGUAUUUACCGACAUCAUUAAGGAGCGUAUUAUUUUAGGAUUGGUUAUUGCGGGUCUUUGGCUGCGAUCAAACCAACUAUUUGUGUCGGUUGCACUACAGUUGGCUAGGGUGUGGCAAAUUGAUCAGUUACAAAACAUGUCAGGCAACAAUACACAGCUCAAGAAAUUUUGGUACUUGUUGUAUAUCUUAGAUGGGAAUCAGAAUUUAAUAUCCCACAAGCGCCCAGCUAUUUAUAACGCAACAGAGCCAUCAUUGUUAAAUGCAAGGAAACGAACAAUAGAAUAUAUCGAUAAUGCGGUAAUAAGGAAGAUGCUUUUGGAAAGCGAUGCGGAUGAAACUCAUAUCGCGAAUAUCAAGCAACUAGAACUAUUAAACGAGGCAGGGCGUUCAAAACUUGCUGUUUCUAACGACGUUAUUAAGGAGUUACGGUUGUUGAAUCAAGUCGAGUUCCAUAUUGCUAUUGAAUCUGUGUUUCACAAUAAUACUUCAUCUUAUAUGGAUGCACCAGUAGGUGAAUUGCUUUCAAAUUCGAUGUCCUUGCUAAAUCCAGAAAGAUUUGGUAUGCCCUGGAAAACUAAUAUGGAUAUUGAUAGAUGGAUGAUUUCCUGGACGAUCGCAUUACAAGAGUUGAGCAUACAAAAUGACCCUUGGUGCUUGAAAUCUACGUUGCUAUAUUAUAACUACGCAAGAAUGUAUAUGAACACAAAACCAUGGAUCGAUAGCAUACAACAACACUUGUCUGCUGCACCUGAAAAUAAGAGAGAUAUACGUAGAAUUUGGCAUUCUAAAAAAUUAUUAGAUGGUGAUGUUGAAUUUAAAUUUGAAGUAGAUGCUACACGAGGAAUCGCCUCUUCGGCUGCAAAAUCAGUUUUAAAACUUAUCACACAGGAUAAAGAUUUGAGAUCUAUAUUCCAGUUCUUGCCUGUCCAUGUAUAUGUUAUGGCAUACUAUGCCUCAUUGGUGUUGCUAGCCGCUGAAAACCUGUCUUAUAAUUCAAACACCUCGUCUAGUGAAGUCCAAUUGAAAGAGUCCUUCAUUCUUGUAACCAAAUUUAAACAGAUGAUUGCUACUGACACUACUUCAGAUUUAGAUUUCCAGAACGAAUUGAACCAGGACUUGGAUCAACUCUUGACAACAUUUAAGGAAGUCUAUCAUACAUCAUUCGCGCCAAGUACACAAAUUGAUGAAUUAAUGGAACAUCCGGAAAAUCAUUUUGAAAAUGAAUCCGAAGCCUAUGCUAGGGCCAGGACUAUUGUUGCUUGGCCUGGUACUAAUCAAGGCCACCCGUAG